GCCGCCGCCCCCACCGCGGGCGCCAUCGAAGGUAACGAUAGCUUCGAAUCCUUCUUGGUCAUGCCGCAGACAGGCGUCUCAGUUCCGAACUCUAGCCCAGUUCGUUCUCUACGAAUAUCGCAAGCUUCCCUUCUCGAAUCUUCGCUUACUCGUGGUACUACUCUGCACAAUGGAUGUGAAGCCGAGCCUAUUGACUGUGUCCUCUGUUAGGGAUUGGUCUGAGCUUCCACUAGAUGCUCUCUCCACAAUAUUCAUGAAGCUUGGGACCAUUGAGAUCCUGAUGGGCGCAGGACUUGUGUGCCGUUCCUGGUUGGCUGCUGCAAAGUCCCCUGAACUGUGGCGCUUUGUGGACAUGACGGGCCACAAGAUGGUUAACAAUAUGGUUAACGGUGACCCAGGGAUCUUAUGUGCAAUGGCCAAAGUGGCUAUAGAUCGCUCUGACGGACAAAUGGAAUCAUUCAGGGCUCAGUUGUUUGUUACGAGUGAACUCUUGGAUUACAUUGAGAGCAGGGCCAAUUCAUUGAAGAGCAUACAAUUAACCAAUUGCUGGUAUCUUUGGACCCAAAAAUUGAGUAGGUUUGCAUCUAAAUGUCCCCUUUUGGAGGAGAUAGAGUUCUCAUACCAAAAAAUGCUACCAGAACUUAUCAGGCAUCUUGGUAGCGUGCACCCAAACCUGAAGCGUCUAAGAAUCUCUCUACCAUCCAUUUGGCAAAACGGGGUACAUAUGGAAUACGACGAAUCAUGGGAGGCGGGGAAAAAUGAGGAGGCCUUUGCCAUAGCAGAGAGCUUGCACGAGCUGCGGUUUCUUCAGAUGGCAGGCAGAUGUCUAUCCAACGACGGAGUGUAUGCCAUCAUCCAGGGCUGCCCUCACCUCGAGUGCCUCGACAUCACCAAAUGCUGCCAUGUGUAUGUCAAUGACGAACUGCGUGCUCACUGCGCCAAGAUCAAGUGUGUCUUGUUUCCCAAACGUGCUCAGAUUAAGAGGACAAGGCGAAGAUGAUGGUGAUCUUCUAUGCAUGACUAAUCUGAGCACGGGUUUCUUAAAUCCACCCCCCCGCCCCCCCCCC